AUGGCGGGCGCCGUGCGGGGCCCGGGCGGGGGAGGCGCCGUGUGCCGCUCCCGGGACCCCGCCGUGUACCGCUCCCGGGACCCCGUCCGCAACCUGCGCCUGCGGGUCCGCAUCCAGCGGGUCGCGCCCGCCGGGCCCGUCCUGCCGCAGGCGCCGUCGCCGCUCGCCGGCCCCGAGCGCCCGGGCCGGGCCGGCAGCGCCGCCGGGGAGGGAGCGGUGCCGCUGGCGGUGAUCCGGGCCUCUGCCGCGGGCGCCCGGCGGCCCCCGGAGGACGAGGAGGAGGAGGCCGAGGUGGGGUGGCAGGAGAAGCUCUUCAGCCAGUUUGAGGUGGAUCUGUACCUGAAUGAGUCAGCCUGCCAGACUCCCCUGGACCGGCAGUACCAUGAGGAGAUCCGGAAACUGGAGAAGGCUGGAGGUCGGAAGAACUAUCGCAUCUUCACCUACACCGACCAUGACCGAUUCACCAACCUAGAGGAGCUCUGCCAGAAGGUAACUGACUCUGAUCAUGAGGUGCCCUCGUAUCUGGCUGAGAGGAUGGCCAAUGUGAGGAGGAGAAGACAGGACCGUAGGCCAGUAGAAGCGAGUUCUCUGAAGUCGAAAAUCAUCACCUGGGAACCCUCGGAAGAAUUUAUAAAGAACAAUCAUGUGAUUAACACACCUGUCCAGACCAUGUACAUCAUGGGGGACUUGGGACCUUAUGGGAAGCUUGGUCACAGAGAGUAUGAACAUGUUCUUUGCACAAUCAAGGUGGAUGGCAAUGGGGUGAUCACUGUGAAGCCUGAUUUCACUGGCACAAAAGGACCCUACCGGAUCGAGCUGGAUGGAGAGAAGCGAGAGGUGUGGGAAUACACCAUCGAGAAUGCCUCUGCCCAGGUGCAGCCAGAGGAGGAGGAGCGUGAGCAGCGCAUGUUCAGAGACCUCUACGGUCGGCACAGGGAUUACCUCAAUGGGCUCGUGGGCUCAGAGUUUGAAAUGCCUCUUCCUGGUACUCUCAGACUUUUUGUGAAUGGAGAAAUAGUUUCAGCUCAAGGCUAUGAGUAUGACAACCUUUAUGUGCAUUUCUUCCUGGAGCUUCCUAACCAGUGGUCAAGCCCCCCAUUCCAGCAGCUCUCAGGAGUGACACAGACCUGCACCACCAAGAAAGUGGGCUGGGAUAAGGUGGCAUACUUUUGCUACCCCUUCACUGUGGAGAUGUUUUACACCCUAGAAGAUGAAGACAGUCUCCCUCAGUGGCCUGUUCUCUACUUCGAGGUCCUAUCCCUGGAUUUCUGGCAGAGGUAUCGUGUGGAAGGAUACGGGUCCUUGGUGCUGCCAGCAUCUCCAGGUGUCCACGAGCUCACCAUCCCUACCUGGCGCCCCGUGGAGCUGGGGACAGUGGCUGAGAUGAGGAGGUUUUUCAUUGGGGGAUCUCCUGAGCUGGAGGACUUAACCUAUGUCCGGGUACCAUCGACCUUCAAGGGGAAGCGCCUGAGCCGCUUUGGUUUCCGGACAGAGACCACGGGGAGCGUCACGUUCCGGCUGUACUGCCUGCAGCAGUCCAAAGCCUUUCUGGAGAGCAGUGCCCUGAGGCAGCGCAUGCAGAGCGUACUGGACCGGCUGGGAGGCUUCAGCCAGCAGAGCUCUGUCUACAACGUUCUGGAGGCCUUCCAGCGGGCACGGCGCCGGAUGCAGGAAGCACGGGAGAGCCUUCCUCAGGAUCUCAUCAGCCCUUCUGCCUCCUCCAUGCCCCAGACACAGGACCUGUGAGCAUCCUCCCUCCAACACAAGCUCCCUCAGCAGCAGUCACAGUGCCUGGAAGCUUCAGAAGCCCUUCCUUUGUUGUUUUCCCUGGAUGGGGGAAGGAGUCUGUAGCACCUCCAGACCCAGAAUCUUUGCAUUUCCUCAGGUACCUGUGGAAGGAGCACAUUUCUUUCAAGGCCCUUUGUUACCAGGCUGUAACAAUACAGCCAAUUGUUCACAUUUCUGCUGAGCAGAGUGAAAUACUGACAUGGGACCUGUGAACCCUGUAACACCUUUUUCAGGGAUUGAGUAGUGAAUAAUGAGAAAAAUUGACAUGACUUGGUAAAUUUAGUUUUCUUCUUAAAGAAGAGAGUGGUGUUAAGGGAUGCUGUUUGAUACUAAUGAAAUGAGUAGAUAACUUCUUGAGAAGUGCUGAUAAUUGUUAGCUAUUGUGUAUAGGGCAAUCAAUAGUAAAAUGAAUUCAUCCA